UCAUGAAUGCUUGCGUCUUUUCGUUGUGAUGUUUGUUGAUUUUAUUUCAGCAACUACGAAAUGUGUUUGGUGGUACUAGAUCUAUUUUAGAGAAUGCCUAAGAGAAAAAGGCGUCAUGCCGGGGCACCUGUCGCUCAGCAACUUCCUCCCGUUGAAGCCGGUAUUGCCUUCAGACUUGAAGAAACCAACCGUCCUGCCAAGCGUAUGAAGAAAACAGAUGAACGUGAAUCUUCUCUGGUGUGGACGAAUCUUGGAGUGCCCGAGUCAAUUGUGAAGUCACUGUUGGAGCUAGGAUAUCACACACCAACCACCAUUCAGCGUGAAGUUCUGCCCAAAGCUAUUGAAGGCAGAUGCGAUGUCCUUGGUGUGUCGGAGACUGGUAGUGGCAAGACGCUGGCAUAUGGCCUUCCUGUGUUGAGGCACAUACUUACCGACUUGGAGAGGAAACUAGCUGAGGAGGAUGAGUCAGACCUUGAUGAAGCGGAGCAGGAUGAGGGUAGUGAGUUGGAAAAGGACAGUGAUAACCUGGAGGAUGUAGAGGAGGAUGUAGAUGAGGUCGAGGGUGACAGUGAAGAUCUCAGUGGUGAAGACAUUGAUACGCUUGAUAUGGACGAGUUUGAGGAACAGGAAGAAGACGGAGCCGGCAAGGUCUGUGAUUUGACUGCAGCUGUGGAGGCCCUCGAGGCGGUGAAAGCUGAGGAGAUGAAACUGCCCGCUGCAGCUGGUCACGGGGUUCACACGUUGGUCCUGACGCCGACUCGCGAGCUGGCCAUGCAGGUUCUUGGUCACUUGCAAGCUGCGUCUAAGUACACUGAUAUUGUGUCCGUCGCCUUGGUCGGUGGCCUGUCGGCACAGAAGCAGAAGCGCCUGCUACAGCAGCGCCGGCCACAUUUGAUUGUAGCAACGCCUGGCCGAUUGUGGGCAUUGCUGAAUAGCUCUGAGAGCGAUCAUCUGAGCACCAUGCGCAAGACGCUGCGUUGCCUGGUGAUCGAUGAGGCCGACCGCAUGGUGGAGCAAGGCCACUUUGCCGAAGUGGAGUUGAUCAUGAGUGCAUUGCCAAAGAGCGUUGCUGUGCGUGGUUCUGAGAAGCCCAAGCUGCGGCAGUCUCUUGUGUUCUCAGCAACACUAACCUUGCCGAAAAAUGCCAAGGUUUCAGCGAAUGAGACGCUAGAAAAGCUUGCGAGCAAGGCAUGCGUUCGAAGCAAGCCCAAAAUUGUGGACGUAACGGGCUGCAACAAAAAAGUAGAGACGCUAACUGAGGCGCGGCUCAUGUGCGGAAGUAACGAGAGCAAAGAUCUCUACCUGUACCAUUUUUUAACAGAAUACCCCGGCCGCACCAUCAUCUUUUGCAACUCUAUCGAUUGCGUGCAUCGCCUGUGUGGAUUGCUGACUCUACUGCGCGUACAGCCGCUUCGUCUCCAUGCCGGAAUGCAGCAGAGGCAGCGGCUCAAGACCUUGGACAGGUUUACCAGCGCAAAGUCGGCUGUCAUGGUGGCGUCCGAUGUUGCCGCUCGCGGACUGGACAUCAAGAAUGUCCACCACAUCAUUCAUUAUCAGGUUCCACGCCACCCGGAGACAUACGUGCACCGCAGUGGUCGCACAGCGCGUGCCAACCGCGAGGGACUGAGUGUUGUGCUCGUGUCACCGGAGGACCUGUCCCUGUACCGCCGCAUCAUCAAGGAGCUCAACGACGGGAAGGAGCUGACGGAAUUCCCGAUGCGUCUCGUCGACCUCACGAACCCCCGGCGACGGGUGACUGCGGCUCGACUUCUCGACAAAGAGCAGCACAAGCAGAAGAUGUCGAAACACAGCAGCGACUGGUUCGAACGGCAAGCAGACGCACUGGACAUCGUCCUGGAUGAGGAUAUCCGUGGCUUUGCUGAUGCUGAGAAGGAUAAGUUCUCGAGCAAUGCUCAUCAGAAAAAGAUGAAGCGUCUGCAGACGGAUCUCGAUGCCGCUUUCGCCCGUUAACGACAACUAAGUGUGGUCACCCGAGUGUGUGGGUGUGCAGCCGGCCAUUUCAUUCUUUUCUUCAAGUACUCCAGACUCGGCUCUCUCAGACUCUCUACAGGUACACUUCUUCUUGUAGUUGUAGUACUUGUUGAUAUGUUGGUCAGUAACAUACCAAUGCUCAUCCAGAUAGUGCAUCGCAACCGGUACCCCAGCACAUGUGUCAAUCAGUUUGUA